AUGAUCAGGAACACUUGGAGAGACCCUGUACAGGAGACACCACUCACUGCCGGGCCCCACCUUAGUGCAGAGGAGCAGAAAGCAGCCCUUCCAGAGGAUCUGAUCGCCUGUUCAGGGGCUCAGCAGGAUAUACCACAGCUGGAAAAGCUGCAGCAGCAGCAGCCGGGAGUGGAGUGUAUGGUUUGUGGGGACAAAUCCAGCGGCAAACAUUAUGGACAAUUCACCUGUGAAGGCUGCAAGAGUUUCUUCAAGAGAAGUGUCCGGAGGAAUCUGAGCUACAGCUGCAGGGGCAGCAGAAACUGCCCUGUUGACCAACAUCACCGCAACCAAUGUCAACAUUGUCGCUUCAAGAAGUGUCUGAAAGUUGGCAUGAGACGAGAAGCAGUACAGAGAGGCAGACUGGCUCACUCUCAGUCCAACCCUGGACAGUACAGCCUUAACAAUGGCGAUGGCUUCACCAGCCCUUCCUACCUCUCUGGCUUUCUCUCAUUGCUGCUACGGGCGGAACCCUACCCAAUGUCUCGCUAUGGCAGCCAGUGCAUGCAGCCCAGCAGCAUGAUGGGGGUUGAGAACAUUUGUGAGUUUGCUGCCCGCCUCCUUUUCAGCGCUGUGGAGUGGGCCAGGAAUAUCCCGUUCUUCCCUGACCUCCAGAUCUCAGACCAGGUGGGGCUUCUGCGACUGACCUGGAGUGAACUGUUUGUGCUGAAUGCGGCUCAGUGUUCAAUGCCGUUGCAUGUGGCCCCUCUCCUAGCUGCUGCUGGUCUCCAUGCCUCCCCAAUGUCGGCAGAGCGCGUUGUGGCAUUCAUGGAUCACACCCGGAUCUUCCAGGAGCAAGUGGAGAAGCUGAAGCUGCUGCAUGUGGACUCGGCUGAGUACUCCUGCCUGAAAGCCAUUGCUCUUUUCACUUCAGAUGCCUGUGGUCUCUCGGAUCCUGCCCAUGUGGAGAGUCUUCAGGAAAAAUGCCAGUGUGCCCUGGAGGAUUACAGCCGUAACCAGUACCCGAACCAACCCAACCGCUUCGGCAAGCUGCUGCUGCGGUUACCUUCCCUGCGUGUGGUCUCCUCUCCUGUCAUUGAGCAAUUGUUCUUUGUACGUCUGGUGGGCAAAACCCCAAUUGAAACUCUUAUCAGGGACAUGCUGCUGUCUGGUGCCAGUUUCAGCUGGCCUUAUAUGCCAGUCCAGUGAUAGGGCAGACAGGGGCAGGGGCGACAAAGACAUUAUGGCCACCAGAUGGGAACAGGGAUUACCAUUUGGAUUUUAAAGCAGGUUUGAACGUUCUUGUGGGCUGGGGGCUUCUAUCUCCUGACACUGGGUAACAGGAGGCCCCUUCAAAAGGAAGGGAACAUGUUUCUUUUCCGGUGUGAAGUUUUUCCUGGAGUCACAGUUUCAGGAUCACACGAUGCUGGAGCAAGGGAAAUCAAGGCCAGUUUUCAAUAAACCGAAACAAUAUGAAA